AACCAAAUAAUGUCAUUCAAGCGAGGAAUCUUCUGCGGAAAUGUUCUGGGCUUAUCUAGGCGGGAUGGCCCUCUUCCUCUUAGCGUCGGCUGAAAUCGAACCGAUUCAAUCUGCUGAAGGAGCGACUAAUAAUUCUUCAGAGGUUAUGGAUACUAGAUCGGACGAGAAUUCAAUUGACCCAAUCGCCAAAAGGAAUCACAAUCCAAAAUUCCCGUACAUUGUGUCCAUAGGGGCCAAUUCAAAUGGAUACUACAAGCACCUCUGCAUGGGAGUAAUAAUUGCCAAGGAAUUCGUCCUGACCGCUGCACAUUGCAUCAAGCGACCACGUGGGAGCAAGCCCAGAAAAUUAUAUGUGGCUGGUGGCUCUGAUCGUUUGAACAGCUUUUCACAAACGCGUUUCUUUGUGGUUAGUAUUUUGACGCAUCCCCACUUCAAGAUCCUGGGUGGUCACGACAUAGGCAUAGUCCGGGUUUUUCCACGUUUUCCCCUGGACAACGUCCGGUUCCGAGCCAUUAAGUUUCAAAGCAAAGAGCGGCAGGGUGGCGGUCUCAAGGCCUCUCUUCUCGGCUGGGGACGGGUAACCAUAAAAAUGGUGAAGAUUUUGGAGGACCUAAGCUUCCAAACUAUGGACAACGAAGUUUGUUUCCGGAAGCACCGAUUUCGGUUCCUCACCAGCUCAGAAAUAUGUGCCAUGCACUUCAAUGGAUCCAGGGGUGGUUGUGAUGGUGACUCCGGAGGUCCUUUGAUAAAUUUAAAAACGGAAUUUCUUUACGGAUUACUUUCCUACACUAGAAAAGCCUGCCAGCCGAGGACGCCAUAUGCCUUCACAAGGAUAAGCACUCACUCCAAUUGGAUCGAGGAGUCUAUGCCCAAAAUGCUACAAAUAAGGAUCAAUCCUGGAAACUAUACAAAGUGGAAGGACAGACAAUAGUCUUGUGUUCAUUUAAACGACUAUAAUUGUAUUGAAAAAUAAAAGAACAAAAACGCUUUCCAAGUUUUUACAAAA